AUGGACUCUGAGAUCCAGUUGCAUGUGAUCCAGCAGCCUCUUUGGGGUCAUCUUAGUCUGAUGGAUCCGGUCGCGAUGACAACGCCCGCUUCGGCCCAAUUGGAUGUGAUCGUGGAGGCCGAAUCGGAGGCUGAGGCCGAGGCUGAACAACAGGUCCCGGUCGGCCAGCUACUCCGUUUCAACAUGGCCGACGUCCGGCGGAUUCGUGUUCACUACGUCAACUCCCGUCACUCCGGCGGCAUCGAGUCGCUGGCCGAUGUUUUCAGCCUGCGUGCCUAUGACGGCAACUUCUCUUCGGUUGCCACCCUCGAGAUCAAAGUGGCCAUCAAUCCGGUGAAUGACGAGCCGCCCAGGGUUCGUCUGUUGGGUCGGUUUUCGGUGCCACUCGGGGAGGCUCGAGUCCUGACGCCGCAUCUCUUCGCCGUCAGUGAUCACGACGUGCCUCGCGACGUGCUGCAGAUCCGAUUCACCGAGUUUCCGCGAUUGGGCCAGUUGCGUGUGCACUGGCGCCACGGGGAGGAGUACACGAUCCGGCUGCAGAGCAGCCCCAUCACGGAGGCCUAUCUGGGCAUGUUGAACAUCUUCUACGUCCAGAACGCCUCAGCUCUGGCCCUACUGCCAGGCGGUGGCGACGGCACCGAACUAAUGUCCGCCUCCAGAGUGCUGGCCGUCGACGAGUUCGCCGUCAGCGUCUCCGACGGUAGACACUCCGUCCUACGUCGAGCCCAGAUCCUCAUCCGACCGGCCAACCUGAUCGCGCCUCGUCUUCGCGUCGACCAGCGCGCCGACGGCUGGCUCACGCUCGACGGAGUGCCCUGGCGUCGACUUGACCAUCCCGGCCCCGGAGGGCUGAUUGUUGAGGACGAUGACACACCUGAAGAUGAUCUGAUCCUGACACUGAUUGAAGCGCCGCGUCUGGGCAGGAUCGAGCGUCUGCCGCGCAUUGAUCCUUCUGUAAGUCCUUUGCGUUAG